CGGACCUAACCUCCGCGCCUGGGAUGCGCCGGGGAUGCGCGUCCUCCAGCCCUGCGGCUCCUCCCGGCUGGGCGCGGGGCCAUGGAGCUGAGCAUGAAGAAGUUCACGGUGCGCAGGUUCUUCUCCGUGUACCUGCGCAAGAAGUCGCGCUCCAAGAGCUCCAGUCUAAGUCGGCUCGAGGAAGAAGGCGUUGUCAAGGAGAUUGACAUCAGUCACCAUGUGAAAGAAGGAUUCGAGAAGGCAGACCCCUCCCAGUUUGAACUGCUGAAGGUUUUAGGACAAGGAUCCUACGGAAAGGUGUUCCUGGUGCGGAAGGUCAAGGGGUCGGACGCCCGACAGCUCUACGCGAUGAAAGUCCUGAAGAAAGCGACCUUAAAAGUUCGGGACCGAGUCAGAUCGAAGAUGGAGAGAGACAUUUUGGCAGAAGUGAAUCACCCUUUCAUUGUAAAGCUUCAUUAUGCCUUCCAGACAGAGGGGAAGCUCUACCUGAUCCUGGACUUCCUGCGGGGCGGGGACCUCUUCACCAGGCUCUCCAAGGAGGUGAUGUUCACGGAGGAGGACGUCAAGUUCUACCUGGCUGAGCUGGCCUUGGCCCUGGACCACCUGCACAGCCUGGGGGUCAUCUACAGAGAUCUGAAACCAGAGAACAUCCUCCUGGAUGAAGAGGGACACAUCAAGAUCACAGAUUUCGGGCUGAGCAAGGAGGCCAUCGACCAUGACAAGAGAGCCUACUCGUUCUGCGGGACGAUCGAGUACAUGGCGCCCGAGGUGGUGAACCGGCGAGGACACACGCAGAGCGCGGACUGGUGGUCCUUCGGCGUGCUCAUGUUCGAGAUGCUGACGGGGUCCUUGCCAUUCCAGGGGAAGGACAGGAAGGAGACCAUGGCCCUCGUCCUCAAAGCCAAGCUGGGGAUGCCGCAGUUCCUCAGCCCCGAGGCCCAGAGCUUGCUGCGGGCUCUCUUCAAGCGGAACCCCUGCAACCGUCUGGGUGCUGGCAGUGACGGAGUGGAGGAGAUCAAGCGUCACCCUUUCUUCGCCACCAUCGACUGGAACAAGCUGUACCGGAAGGAGAUCAAGCCACCCUUCAAGCCCGCGGUGGGCAGGCCGGAGGACACCUUCCACUUCGACCCCGAGUUCACCGCCCGGACGCCCACAGACUCGCCUGGCGUCCCCCCCAGCGCCAACGCUCAUCACCUGUUCCGAGGAUUCAGUUUUGUGGCCUCCAGCCUGGCCCAGGAGGCCUCGCAGCAGGAGGCGCCCAGCGCCCCCGUCCACCCCGUCGUGCAGCAGCUCCACGGCAACAACGUCCACUUCACCGACGGCUACGAGGUCAAGGAGGACCUCGGCGUGGGCUCCUACUCCGUGUGCAAGCGCUGCGUGCACAAAGCCACCGACGCGGAGUACGCGGUGAAGAUCAUCGAUAAGAGCAAACGCGACCCCUCGGAAGAGAUCGAGAUUCUCCUGCGGUACGGCCAGCACCCGAACAUCAUCACCCUCAAAGACGUCUACGACGACGGGAGGCUCGUGUACCUGGUGACGGAGCUGAUGCGCGGCGGGGAGCUGCUGGACCGCAUCCUGCAGCACAGGUGCUUCUCCGAGCGGGAGGCCAGCCACGUGCUGUGCACCGUCGCCAAGACCGUGGACUACCUGCACUCCCAGGGGGUCGUGCAUCGGGACCUGAAGCCGAGUAACAUACUGUACGUGGACGAGUCCGGGAACCCUGAGUCCAUCCGCAUCUGUGACUUCGGGUUUGCCAAGCAGCUGCGAGCCGAGAACGGGCUGCUCAUGACACCCUGCUACACGGCGAACUUCGUGGCUCCCGAGGUCCUGAAGCGGCAAGGCUAUGACGCCGCAUGUGACAUCUGGAGUUUGGGGAUCCUGUUGUACACCAUGCUGGCGGGAUUCACCCCGUUUGCGAACGGGCCAGACGACACCCCCGAGGAGAUCCUGGCGCGGGUCGGCAGCGGGGAGUACGCCCUCUCCGGCGGGAACUGGGACUCCAUAUCCGACGCGGCAAAGGACGUGGUGUCCAAAAUGCUCCACGUGGACCCCCACCAGCGCCUGACGGCCGUGCAGGUCCUGAAACACCCGUGGAUUGUGAACAGAGAGGGCCUGUCCCAAAACCAGCUCAGCAGACAGGACGUCCACCUGGUGAAGGGUGCGAUGGCCGCCACCUACUUCGCUCUGAACAGAACCCCUCGGGCUCCGCGGCUGGAGCCGGUGCUGUCGUCCAGCCUGGCCCAGCGCAGGGGCAUGAAGCGACUCACGUCCACGAGGCUGUAGCGGCUGCAGGACCGGCCACGGCCUUGGCCCACGGGCGCCAGCCUGGCGGCCAGUCACGGUGUCGCUGCAGUGACCACGGGCGCCCGCAUGCCAUCCGCGUGUUCCCGUUCGGCAGGGAGGACCCGCACGGCGACCUCCCCACGCCUCGCUCUGCCAGCCUCGCCACCUCCUUCCCCAGCAAAGCCGGCCAGACCCCGACCACCGCCAGCCGCCACCCGGCUGCCUCUGGCUUCCCCCUGACUCGGCGGGCCGUCCACCUCCCUGGCUGCUGUCACACGGAGGGCCUCUCCCGCUGUCAGACAGUCCCUUGGCGAGCUUUCCGCCCGUGCGUCCCAGCUGUCACGUGAGAGGCUGCAUCAAGCAGUUCGCCGUGAGCCUCCUGGGAGGGGCCGGCUUCGUGGUCCCACGCAGCAGCGGCUGACGGACUGGAGGGCACGUGCACCAGGGGCAGACGCCAGUCCCCGCAGAUGACCCAAAGAGCCUCGUCCCGUUGCCCCCGCGUUUCUGGCUGAGUUGCUCGGUGUCGUGUCCUGUGUCACGGCUCUGAACGGGAGGAGGCCCCGAACUAGCCAGCGGUGUCCUACAUCUCACAAGAAUCGUGUGUCCCGCAGGAGGGGCCAGCAGAGGCCUGUGUCACCUGGCCCUCGCCCCCAGGGCCUGCUUUCCACCCCCCGGCCCCCGAUCCAGAUGCCUCCCGCGGCGCGCUUGCUCUCACUGCUCUACCCCCGGCCCCCGCAGAGCCCUCGGCCCUGAGCUCGUCGCCUCCCCCAUGUCCUCAGCCCCACUGGAGGUCGGAGGGGGACGCGGGGCCACUGCCCACCACCCGGGGCCUGGGCAGCUGAGAUCUGGACGUGCUCGGCGGGAGGCGUGCCGUGUGGUUUGUGCUUCUGUUGCACGAUCUGUCCUCGCCCGUGUUUCGGUGAUAGCCAGUGUCCCCUGGGGUGUGCGCACAGGCGGUUGUGCGGAGUCAGCCCGCGUGCUGGCCUUCGUCACAGGAAACUGGCAGGCUCAGCCCCGCUGCCCAGGCCUGCGCGGAGGAGCACGCGUGACCUUCAGCCUCCUCCCAGCGCCUCCCAGGCUGACGGGACGUGCGCCCGCCGCUCCACCUGUCCCUCUGCGUGCCGGCGAGCCGCGGGAGCAGCCGCUGGCCGUAGCCUGGUGUCCACUGAGGAGACGAUAGUUUAUCGUUUAUUGUGUCCAUCUCAACUCACCCUAGUGCUCAGCAUAUACACACACACGUGCGCACACGCAUGCGCACGCACAUGCAUGCACACUUGCAUGUACAGACGCACACAUACACGCUCACACUCGCACAGAUGUGCACCUGCACACGCGCAUGCGCACGCACAUGCAUACACAUCCAUAUGCGUGCGCAUGCAUGCAAGUGUGCGCACACACGCUCCACAUUCUGAAAAAUCACUCCUUCGUUUGGUCUGUUGUUUUUGGACCUUAAAAUACAAACUCAGAUCAUGAGCUUU